AUGCCUCAUGGUCAGAAAAGUAAGUUCCAUGCUUGAAAUAAAUGUCACCAGGCACAAGGGAAGGUUCAGAAUAUCGUGGGUGCGGAGGCCAAGGUGCUGAGGGAGACCAGCAAUACGAGAGGGGCUGUAAGUUCCAGGCGGAAGAAAGAACGACCAAGCAGCACCUCCCUGGCUGAGGAGUCUACCGAGAGCCUUAUUCCUACAGAUCCUAUUGUCAUGAAGAUGAAUACGGUGGUCCAGUACCUGCUGGAGAAGUUCAAGAUGAAGGAGCCCAUUACUCAGGCCGCAUUGCUGAAGAUUGUCAGUAAGAAGCACAAGGACAAACUUCCUGAAAUCCUACGGAGAGCUUCUGAACGCAUACAAUUAGUGUUUGGACUGGAAUUAAGGGAAGUAAAUCCUGAUGGGCAGUACUAUACAGUCCAUAGGAAGCUGGGCUUCCAUAGUGAGAUGGGUGGUAUAGGCGGUCUUGAUAGGGGCUUGCCUAAGAUGGGGCUUCUGAUGACGCUCCUAGGCGUGAUCUUCAUGAAGGGCAACCGGGCCACAGAGGAGGAGAUCUGGGAUUUUCUAAGUGGAUUGGGGAUCUAUGCUGGAAGGAUACAUUUAAUUUUUGGGGAACCGCGUAAACUUAUCACUGAGGAUUUUGUGCAGGAAAAGUACCUGGAGUAUCACCAUGUUCCCCACAGUGAUCCUCCAGUGUACGAGUUCCUGUGGGGACCAAGAGCCCAUUCUGAAACAACAAAGAUUAAAGUAUUGGAUGUUCUAGCUAAGAUCAAUGAUACCACCCCUGCUUCCUUCCCCGAUUUGUAUGAAGAGGCACUGAGGGAUGAAGAAGAGAGAGUAAGGGCCAAAGCUAUGGGCAGGGCUGCAUCUCUGGCCAAGGCUAAUGGGAAUGGCAGGAUCAAACCCAAGACCUCUCCCAAAAAAUAG